AUGAGUCGGUUGCAGCUUGUGGGCGACAUCCAGAACUCGCUGGAAAAGUUCGCAGCCGAAUGCGACACGGAAACCUACCUCGAGGUCGUGCUUGCUGGUGAUGGAAAAUGGAAAUGGCUGAGCGGUGAAGUGGAAUGGCUAGCGGCGUUCUGCGUGAACCAACCUGAGGCACUGCUCACCUACGGACAUCAGUCGUUUGCAUGA